GAGGAGUCUUGAAACCCCCGCACGACCAGAGAAGUACUCAACCAAAUAGGCUAUCACCAUGACAACGCGUUGGCAUUCUUCUCUUCGGUCACUGAUUCGGCCUCGUCGCGUCGGAAUCCUUCAUCGACGGCUGUUCCACGCGACGAGUUCCCCACAAAGUGUGUUGCAUACCGAAUGGAUCGGACGCCCCAGUCUGGACAGCCAGCCGUUGACUGGUACCGUGCUCGUCUUUUUGCACGGCUUAUUGGGGAACAGUCGUAACGUCAAGACGUUGGCGCAAAAAACAUGCGCGUUGUACACCUCACCGGGCCUUUUGGUGGACCUCCGCGGACACGGACGAUCGAAGGAAUGCCACGAGUAUGGGAGUGGCACAGAGACGGAUCGAGUUCCCGUAACCUUGGAUGACUGCGUCGGAGAUAUCCAAGAAACACUCCAACACGUUGGUGUGUCACAAUCUACCAAUGGCAAAUUGACGAGCACCACCAACAUUACCUUCGUGGGACAUUCCCUCGGCGGCCGUGUCGCCAUGCAGUACGUGCACGCACGGUUGGAACCCCGGCCAUCGCACGUGUGGCUGCUCGAUACCGUUCCGGGCCUCACCAACACCAAGGUAGAAUCCGUUCUCCGGAUAGCGCAAUUGGUCCGGGAGGAGAAAUCGGCGUGGACUCGACCCAACCUCCAGCGUGCACUGACCGAAUCGCACGGUUUGGAUACCGCGACGGCUCAGUGGCUGGCGAGUUCUUACGAUCCCUCGACGCACGACUUUGGCUUUGACCUCACUGUGGCGCACAAUCUCGUACAGAGUAUGGAUGAACAGGACUUUUUGGGGUUUCUCCAGGAGGCCGUCCACGAACACUGGUGUAAAAUUGAUCUAGUCCGGGGUGGCCAAAACGCGGACUGGCACGCCUAUCCCCACACAAUUUCCUUGCUACAGGCGAUGGCGAAAGAGCACGCCGGAACGUUUGGUUACCACACUCUACCCAAAGCCGGACAUUGGGUCCAUAUUGAUGAUUUGCCCGGUCUUUUGAACGCCAUGCGAUCCCGCCUUUUGUGA